AUGACUCCUGACGCGACGGUACGCGUGAGCUCUCCCAGCACCGCAACGUUCAAACACGACCACAUCAUGGCGUCACAAAGCAUCUUCAACACCGGAUCGGAGGACUCACCGGACCUCUACAAGACCUUAGAGUUGAUUUCACGCGAGGCUACCGAAGCUGAGAUCCGAACGGCCUACCGAAAACAAGCACUCCGAUAUCAUCCCGAUAAGAUAUCUGCCUCAAAAUCCGAGGAAGAGAAGCUAGAAGCCCGUCAAAAGUUCGAUCAGGUCGGACUGGCUUACAAGAUACUCAGCGACGCCAAACUUCGCGAGCGUUACGAUAAGACUGGCAAGACUGAUGAGAACCCGUUCCUCGAUGGUCUCGAUGACGAAGCUAGUUGGUCCGCAUAUUUCAAAGACCUCUGGUCGGGUGAGGUCAACGCCCAAACGAUCGAAGAAUUCACGAACAAGUAUCGGGGCUCGGAGGAAGAACUGAAUGAUCUACGCGAGCAUUAUAUCGAAUUCGAUGGGUCCUUACCCGAGAUCCUGUCACAUACGAUGUGCGCAACCGACGACUGUGAACCACGACUGGUCAAACGAAUCGACCAAAUGAUCAAGGAGGGCGUUUUAGAAUCUAAGCCAACCUGGGUGAAGACCAAGAAGGAUACCAAGGCACGUGCCAAACGACGUCAGAUGGCCGAACAAGAAUCAAAGGAAGCCGAAGAACUCGCAAAAGAACUCGGAGUUCAUGACAAACUCUUCGGAAAUCAGAAUCCUAACGGGCCUUCUUCCAAUGGAAAGAAAAACUCCAAGAAAGACGAUCAAUCGAACUCGGAAGAUUCCUUACGAGCUCUGAUCCAAGCAAACGCAUCCAAGAAACACGAGGCUCUGGUCGCCAAAUUAGAAGCCAAAGCACUUUCUGAAUCAACCACCACCAAGAAACCGAAAAAGACCGGCAAAACCAACGGGAAGAAGAGGAAAAGUCUGGCGGAAGAAAACGAUAGCGAUCACAAAGAAGAAGAAUGCGUCCCUUCAACAAGUGGUCCAACCGAAGAGGAAUUUCAGCAGAUUCAGGCCAGCUUAAACGCCCAUAAGAAAACUCUGAAAGAUUCCAAAUCUGACGAUAUCCGUUCUUCCUCAAAAGGCAAAAAGAAAUCUAAAAGAUAG